AUGGGGCCGGUGGAUGAGAUCUUACAACGGGCAGCUGAUCGGUCUAAGAGGCGAGCUGAGCUAGAGGUUGCCAAGGGUAUGGUGGAACGGUUUUCAGGCUACGAACUUGCCGAUGAUCAAUUUGGAUGGUUGUCAGUUGAGAGACCGCCGGGCAAUGGAGAUGACAGCAGAGGCAGCGCACUUGGCCUCCAAGGGCAAGGAGCAAGCAGUACUGCAACUACCAUUCCAGCUGAUGACGCAGAAGCAUUGGCAAACGCAGUCAAUGACUAUGAGGCUGCAAAGAAGGCACAGGAGACUCACCCAGCCCCUCCUAAGCCCAAGCCUGGCAUAGUCCGAGUCAACAGUGUUCCAGUUCUGGCACCUGUGACCCCUGUGGACAAGAUCAGGCGCACCAUGACACCAUCACCUGUUGAGGACCCCCCAGCAGUCCCAGCUCAACCCCCGCCACCGGUUCAGGCUCCUCCGGCCCCAGCCACCACACUUUCUGAGGAGAAACCUGAUGGUUCAAAUCCCCCAAUGAGUGGAUCCCGUCGAGUCAAGAAAAGGGGAAAGAAGGUGAAGAAGACUGCAAAGACCAACACAGAAAACACCGGGACGGCAGCAGCCGCAUCUGACCAGGUCAGACAUGAGGCAUCUCUAGCACCAAGCCAUUCUGGUGAAGCUACCAGACCUUCAGAACCUCAUGCUCCUUUAGAAUCUCAGCCAGCACGUGUUCAGCCGGAGCCAACACCUGGGUCAGCACCUGUUCAGCCGAAGCCAACACCUCAGUCAGCACCUGCUCAGCCGAAGCCAGCAGCCAAAAAGGCACUAGCCAAACCGCCCAAACGUGUCCAUGACAAUCAGCCUGGGAGUGAAGCAACAUGUGCUGAAAUGGUGAAGGCGCAAGCAACACCCCAAGGAAGAGAGGCUCUCUACAGAGAGGCAGUUCAUGAAGCUUUGCAGAGGUUAGGUACAGAGCAACAAUUCACUCCUGCUGAAACUAUCAGCCCUGGAAGCGUUCGCAAGCCACCAGCGCAAGAACCGGAUGAUGAUGAUGAUGAUAAUGCAACUCAGCAUUAUGAGGCACAAGAUGACAGCAACAUUGACUUCGAAGAGGCACUUGACAGGGCAAUCAAGAAAGAACCAACUGAAGCAGAGGAAGGAUGCAACCAACUGGUAGUGCCAGAAGCACAGCAGCAAGGACGCGAUUGCCCGCCGGAGAUGAAGAAGGCGUUUGACAAAUCACACUACUGCACUGCAAAGCUGCAGCUUCUUCAAGACGCAUGGACGGCCUGUGCCGGCGAGUGGCGACGUUCUGAAUUAUAUUUGAAAAUUGUUGAGAGUCGAAAGACAUCUGCUCACGGAGCAAGAGUGUGGUUAACAGAACCGCAAAUUGCUGCAAAGUAUUCCUCGCCAGAGAUGGCAAGAGAAAUUUGUCAAGCAAAGCUUUCGGACCCUGAGUUGUCCCAAACGCAUACCAAAGCCCAUCCAGAUUGCCCCUCGGGAAUGCGUCUCUAUCUGGUUUGGGAUUCGGAAGGGAUUUCCGAAACCACUGACACAGUGGUGGAAGACAUAUUCCAGUGUGUCGACGAUUCCGACUCCGAAGCACCCAGAAAAAAAAGCCUUGUGAAGAGGAAGAGGGAGCCAAGCAGCAGCACCAAAAGUUCCAAGGAGUCUUCGGAGGAAGAGUCGGCAUCAUCGUCAGACCGCAAGGCCUUUCGAUGUGAUAUUAUAUAUUCCAUAAUCAUCUUAUAUGAGGAAGAGUGGCUAGCAUCUACUGCAUGCCACUGUUUGGAAAUCAGUCAGUGA